AUGAUUGGGUCAAUGAUUUUUAUUCAGCUUCCGCCGUGGGUUCUUAUCUGUGAUUACAGUGUCCGAAAUUCUAAUUUCUAAACUAGCAAUAGUUUGCUUCGGACACUGAACGCAACAGGUUGAAAAAAUGGCUGUUCUUAUUUUAAUUUUCUUGGUGCUAGUCUCAGCGGCGUAUGUGGCGUACAUUAUCCUCAAGAAAGGCAUCAAUCCAAGGGACAUUCGCAUACACAGUCUACAGGAUGCCAAAAAAUUACUUCAGCUACCACCAAGUGGGGCCGGGCCCCACAGAUACUUGGAAAAAAGGGCUUGAAGGGGCUGCGUUUGUUUUCAUUGCAACUCACUUUUGGCCGGCGUGCUCGCUCCCAGCGGUGUACUCGAUCCAAAAAAGGACAUGAUGUGGCAAACGUAUGAAUGAACCGAUUCCAACUAAAUGAGUUUGCUUUUUCUUGGGUGCUCUUCCUUUAUUUUAACAAAAGUGUACUUAAUCCUAAAAAACGUAAAAAUUUGGCGCUUUCUGAAA